AUGAAUACCACGUUAUAUAUCAAACGAACCCACGUCUAUAAAACCCAUCUCUUUACAGAACUUCAUCUUGACAUAUAUCUAUCCUCGAGCAACAAAGAGUCGAACACACCCAAACCUAUUCUCCUAUGGUUUCAUGGUGGCUACCUAGUAUGUUUCUUACACUGGAUACCCCAAUUUACUUCCAAAACGCUCAAGCAUCAUCAUCACCAGGUCACAGGCAGCCGUGCUGCAAUUCCUCGUUGGCUUCUAAACCAUGCGCUCGCCCAUGACUGGACACUGGUCUCACCAGACUACAGGGUCCUACCGGAAUCCACCGGUUUUGCAACAACCGAAGACCUGGUUUCAGCCUACGAAUGGGUCGCAGGUUCGCUCAGUCGCCUACAUCCGGAUUGCACUGCAGACCCUAGCCAAAUAAUUAUUGGUGGGGCCAGUACUGGAGGCUGGUGUGCUUUGGUCACUACGCUGCACUUUUCAUCGCAGAACAGGAUCCCACGUCCGAAGGCUCUUUGGCUCCUCUACCCGAUGUUGGAUCUCGGAAGUGACAAAUGGGCGCAGAGCGUGUCACUCCCUGGCGCAAUGGUGGAUCCAGAUCUGGCGCAUUAUUUGCUACUCAAGGGUAUCCCCCAAAGGAUUGCGCGCGGGGAGACUAGCGUCGGGGAAGACUUCCCUACAUCCGAAGAGGAACUCCGGACUAGGAAACGCUUACCCUUGCUCUACACUAUUCUGGAAAGAGGGGUAUUUCUGGAUUAUCUGACAGGUGUAUCGGGGUUCGGGGAGAGAGUUGUGGAUGUCGGGCUGGAAGGUGCAGUGGAGGAUGAACGGGCGAAGAAACUUUUCCCGCUUCACUGGGGGUUGUUCAGUCCUGGUUUUCCAGCUACUGUAAUUGUGCACGGUACUGUGGAUAGGGAGGUCUCUUGUGACGAAAGUGAGAAGUUGGUUGCGAAAUUGCAGGAGAUUGGGGCUGAGGUCUCGUAUUAUCCGGUACGUGGAGCUGAUCAUGUUUUUGACUUGGAGCUGCAGGAGUGUCAGCAAGAGGGUUGGGAUCGUGAACCAAUGGCUACACUUUCACAGGCUCUGCGAGCACUGCAAGGGUACGUCGAUCAAUAG